AUGGAGGAGGGGGAUGACUAUGUGGAGUAUGUUCCUGUUGCAAAGCGCCGAGCUCUGGAGGCUCAAAAAAUCCUUCAGCGGAAGGGGAAUGCUUCUGCUCUGGAUGAUGAACUUGAGAAGUCUAAGAUUGCUGAAGCGAAGCCAAGUCUUCUUGUGAAAGCAACACAGCUUAAGCGGGACCAACCUGAAAUCACCCAGACAGAGCAGCUUGUUCAACAGGAGAGAGAAAUGAUAGAACAUUUAUCAGAUAGAAAAACCCUAAUGUCAGUCCGCGAAUUGGCCAAGGGAAUUACUUACACAGAACCACUUCCGACUGGAUGGAAGCCUCCACUUAGAAUCCGGAGAAUGUCCAACAAGGAUUGUGAUGCCAUUCGGAAACAAUGGCAUAUUAUAGUAGAUGGGGAUGAAAUUCCUCCACCAAUAAAGAACUUCAGAGAUAUGAGAUUCCCUGAGCCAAUUUUGAAGAUGCUAAAGGCUAAGGGGAUUGUUCAACCUACUCCGAUUCAGGUGCAGGGGCUUCCUGUCAUCUUAUCUGGAAGGGAUAUGAUUGGGAUUGCCUUUACAGGUUCCGGAAAGACUCUUGUUUUUGUUCUUCCCAUGAUUAUGAUUGCUUUACAGGAGGAAUUCAUGAUGCCUAUUGCACCCGGAGAAGGACCCUUCAGUUUGAUUGUUUGCCCGUCGAGAGAACUUGCUAGGCAGACAUAUGAAGUGGUUGAGCAGUUUUUGGUUCCAAUGCGAGAGGCUGGAUAUCCUGAAUUAAGGUGUUUGCUCUGUAUUGGGGGAGUUGAUAUGAGAUCACAGUUAGAGAUUGUAAAGAAAGGGGUGCAUAUUGUUGUUGCAACUCCUGGGAGGUUGAAGGAUAUGCUAGCAAAGAAAAAAAUGAAUCUGGAUAAUUGCAGGUACCUAACACUGGAUGAGGCAGACAGGCUUGUGGAUUUGGGAUUUGAAGAUGACAUAAGGGAAGUAUUUGACCACUUCAAAGCACAAAGGCAGACCCUUCUAUUCUCCGCCACCAUGCCAACCAAAAUUCAAAACUUCGCUAGGAGUGCAUUAGUGAAGCCUGUAACAGUCAAUGUGGGGAGAGCUGGUGCAGCAAAUCUUGACGUGAUUCAGGAGGUUGAGUAUGUGAAACAGGAAGCCAAAAUUGUGUACCUUCUCGAGUGCCUGCAGAAGACGCCGCCACCUGUCUUGAUAUUCUGUGAGAACAAGGCUGAUGUGGAUGACAUCCAUGAAUACCUUCUCCUGAAAGGAGUCGAGGCUGUAGCUGUUCACGGAGGCAAGCACCAGGAGGAUAGAGAGAGUGCGAUUUCAUCCUUCAAAGCCGGCAAGAAAGACGUCUUGGUUGCUACCGAUGUUGCCUCUAAAGGUUUGGAUUUUCCCGACAUUCAGCAUGUGGUCAACUAUGACAUGCCGGCGGAAAUAGAGAACUAUGUUCAUAGGAUUGGACGAACUGGAAGAUGUGGGAAGACUGGGAUUGCUACAACUUUUAUAAACAAGAACCAGAGUGAGACGACGCUCCUAGAUCUGAAGCACCUGUUGCAAGAAGCGAAACAGAGGAUUCCACCUGUUCUUGCGGAGUUGGAUGACCCUAUGGAGUUUGGGGAUACCAUUACUGAUGCCAGCGGAGUUAAGGGCUGUGCUUAUUGUGGCGGUCUUGGUCAUAGGAUCCGUGACUGCCCCAAGCUGGAGCAGCAAAGAAGCCAGCAACUGGCCAACACGAGAAGGGAUUACUUUGGCUCUGGAGGAUAUAGGGGAGAGAUGUGA